AAACGAUUGGUGAUCCGUUUCUACGGAUAUUACAAGAUCAAAAAGAAGUUUUACAAGCCUCGCCCCGCUUAAAAGUGAUUAAUUCUGCUUUGAACAAUAAUAAUUUAGAUUCCUCAGUGGCUACUCUAUGUUGUGAUAUUAUUCAUAUGGACCUUUCGGAUAUGGCACAAUAUUUUGGGACUUCAGCUGAACGUGAAGAUUGGGAAACGCAAUUUACUCGAAAUUAUGUUUCUCCAUUAAUUAGGAAAUUAGCCGUUGCAUCUGUAGGUCGAGGCAAUAUUUCCAAUAUUAUUAAAUCUGAAAUUGAUCAAACAGGAGUAAUGGAUGAAGAAUAUCGACUUUUGAAACUACCACAGCUUUGGCGUAAAAUUGACGUAGCUACUUUUAAUAAUGCUGAAAAAAUGACCUUUGAUGAAUUUAUUGAUGGGGAAGCAGACAAAGCUAAUUUAAAUAAAAUGUAUAAAAAAUUUGAGGAAUCUUGGAAUAACAUUAUCAAUAAA